GUGUGCAUUACUCGUAUUUACAGAUGUGUAUUUAGUGUGCAAUAAAGUGCAUAUGCAGUGAAAGAGAGAGAGAGAAAGAGAAAGAAAGAGAGAGAGAUGUGUAGUAGAGUUUUACUAAAUUUGUAAAUUCUUAAUACAUUAUAAUUAAUUUAAGAUGGAAGAUAUUAGUGAUAAGUUUUUUUACGUGUACAGUUCAUCUUUAGAUACCAAAAUCCAAAUUAAAAUAGGUACCUUGGAAGGUAAAAGACAACGACCUGAGUAUGAUAAGUUACUUCUGGAUCCGAUGUUAAAAUAUUCCGGUUUAUAUAGUGCAAGUGGUGGUAAAGGUGAUUUAUCAGCUUCUUUAGAAGUAUGGGCUGGUGGUAGACCAUUAGCUUUACCUGUUCACACGGCCUACAAACACUUCACAUCACGUUGGAACUGGAAUCAAUGGGUUACUUUACCAAUAUCAUUCUCCGAUUUGCCACGUGAUGCUCAGCUUUGUAUAAGUAUAUACGAUUGUGCUGGACCUGGUAGACAAAUACCUGUUGGUGGUACGACCAUAUCUUUAUUUGGAAAACAUGGUGUUUUUCGUCAAGGAAUACUCGAUCUUCGAGUUUGGCCUGGCGUAGAAGCUGAUGGAAGUAUUUGUACGAGUACUUCUGGAAAAUCAAGAGAUCAUGGAAAAGAACAAAUGCAACGUCUUGCUAAACUUGCGAAGAAACAUAGGAAUGGACAAAUGAACAAGAUCGAUUGGUUGGAUAGAUUGACGUUUAGAGAGAUUGAAUUAAUAAAUGAAAAAGAGAAAAAGGCGUCAGAGUAUCUUUACUUAAUGAUUGAAUUUCCAGAAGUCACUAUGGAUGGUAUACCGUAUUCUAUUGUGUAUUAUGAAAAAGAUGGAGACGAAGUUGUACAACACAGAUCACAACCGGAUAUUGUUACACUUCCAGAUUAUGAAAUAUUACAAGAAAACCUUGUAGAAGCUAAACAUCAUAAACUAGCUCGCAGUUUACGUAGUGGUGGUAACACGAGAGAAUUAAAACCAACAUCUAGCGUACGAGAUGCAUUAAAUACAAUAUUGGGCUAUCCACCGACAACGACGUUAACUACAGAAGAACAGGAUCUUAUUUGGAAAUACAGAUUUUAUUUGUCAAGUCAAAAGAAAGCAUUAACUAAAUUUGUGAAAUGCGUUAAUUGGAAAGUACCUGGAGAGGAACGUCAAGCAUUAGAAAUGUUAGCUAUUUGGGCACCACCAGAUCCUGAGGAUGCUUUGGAAUUACUCGGACCAGCUUUUACACAUCCAGCUGUAAGAAGAUAUGCUAUCAAACGUCUAAGUCAAGCUCCUGAUGAUGAUUUAAUGUUGUAUCUCUUACAACUAGUACAAGCAUUGAAAUAUGAAGAUUUUGAAAGUAUGAAAAUUACUUUUCAAGCCUUCUUACAUGAUACAGAGAAAGAGAAAUUUGAAAGGGAUAUAAGACCCGGUGAUGCAACGUCGACUCCUAUGACUGCUUCAAUAGAGUCAACAGAAUGUCUAUCAACGUGUCAAGAUACUUUUAUGGAUUUGGCAUCAUUUUUGAUAACUCGUGCUUGUCAAAAUUCUACCCUGGCUAAUUAUUUUUAUUGGUAUCUAUCAAUCGAAGGUGAAGAUCAAAAUGAUCCAGUUAUAACAGCCAAACAAGACACUCGUGUAAAAGAAAUGUAUAUCUCAGUAAUGGAUAUGUUUACCACCAUGUUAGCACAUGGCAAUAUUAUUUGGCAAAAAAGAAAAGAUUUUCUUCUAAGACAAAAAAUGUUCAUCGAUCAAUUGGUAUCUCUUGUAAAAGCUGUAGCAAGAGAGAGUGGCAAUCGUAAGAAGAAAGCUGACAGAUUACGAACUUUAUUAGCUGAACCAGAUCCUGCUUAUAAAAUGCAUUUUUCUAAUUUCGAGCCAAUACCUUUUCCCUUGGAUCCUGAAAUUUGUAUUAAAGGAAUUAUUCCUGAAAAAGCAAGUUUAUUUAAAUCUGCUCUUAUGCCAUCUAAACUUACGUUUUUAACAACCGAAAAUACGGAAUACAUUGCCAUUUUUAAACACGGUGAUGAUUUGAGGCAAGAUCAAUUGAUUCUACAGACAAUAGCCCUUAUGGAUAAAUUAUUAAGGAGAGAAAAUUUAGACUUAAAAUUGACACCAUACAGAGUACUUGCUACAAGUACAAGACAUGGUUUCUUACAAUUUAUCGAAUCCGUAACUGUAGCUGAAGUUCUCGCAAGCGAGGGUUCAAUACUAAGUUUCUUCAGAAAACACCAUCCUUCUGAUACAGGACCUUACGGUGUUGCACCUGAAGUUAUGGAUACAUAUGUUCGAAGUUGUGCUGGUUAUUGCAUAAUUACAUACGUAUUAGGAGUUGGUGAUCGACACUUAGAUAAUUUACUUUUAACGACGUCAGGCAAACUUUUUCAUAUAGAUUUUGGAUAUAUUUUGGGCAGAGAUCCUAAACCUUUACCACCACCAAUGAAACUUAGUAAGGAAAUGGUUGAAGCUAUGGGUGGUGUAACAUCUGAACACUAUCAUGAAUUUAGAAAGCAAUGUUACACAGCAUUCCUCCAUUUGCGCAGACAUGCUAAUUUAAUAUUAAAUUUGUUUUCAUUAAUGGUUGAUGCUAGUGUACCAGAUAUAGCUUUAGAACCGGAUAAAGCAGUAAAAAAAGUUCAAGACAAAUUACGAUUGGAUUUGAGUGACGAAGAAGCAGUUCAUUAUGUUCAAAAUCUCUUAGAUUUGUCUGUUACAGCAGUAAUGGCCGCGUUAGUGGAACAAUUACAUAAAUUUGCUCAAUAUUGGCGAAAAUAAAAUGAAUGAAAAGAUAAAAAUCAUUUUGAAUAAGAUUAUAAAGACUGUAUCCCUUUAUAAAAAUUUGCAAAUAUUAAUCUGUUGUACAUAAAUGACCGUAUGUCUAUAAACAAUAUAAUUUAUUGUAUUUUGGGAUUAUUUUAAGUAAUAAAGA